AUGUCUGAAGAAGAUGGAUUCAGUGGAAUCGAUGAAAAGCUAAAAGAUUUAACUUGGCACAAAAUGACCCCUGAAGAGCUAUCUUGGGGCCUUGAAACUGACUUAAAUGAAGGCUUAACCCAAGAAAAAGCACUUAAAAAGCUAAAAAUCUUUGGUGAAAAUUGUCUAUAUGACAGAGAUGACUCUUUUAAAAGAAUUUUCAAGCACGUAUUAUCCCCUCUAACAAUAUUCAUAUACAUAGCAGCAAUUUUUUCUUACUUUGCUUAUCGUAAAGGAUAUGUUAGCUAUAUACUCUACAGCGUUUUGCCUAUAAUCGCAAUUAUCAUCUCUACCAUCACCUUAGUAAGAAAUGAGCAAUCAAGGUCAGACCUAAAAUCUGCUGACGUAAAAAUUCCUCAAAAGUGUGCAGUUAUAAGGAAUGCAAGAGACAUGGCAAUAUCAAGAUACGAACUAGUUCCUGGAGAUAUUGUAAAAUUUAGAAGUGGGGACACAAUUCCUGCUGACUUAAGGAUUUUGAGUGCAAAUGAUUUAAAAGUUGACAUUGAAUGCUUCACUGAUUGUGAAACAAUACUGCCAAGAUCAGAAAAGUGCACAAGCCAGAAUUUUUUGCAGUCUGAAAAUAUUGUGUAUUUUGGAUCUCUGUGUGCGAUGGGGAUGGGGAAAGGAGUUGUGGUAGGAACAGGAAAGAAUACGCUACUGUUUAGACUGGUGCAGGUUUAA